AUGAGCGUUUCCAGCGGCUUUUCGCCGUUGCAGCAACGCAUCGACUACCUAGUCUUCGGGUACAUUCAGCGCAUGGGGGUUUCCAAUUCUGAUCGCAACCUCUGAAAUCUCCUGUUUGAAGUACGCGCGGACGGCGGAGGCACUGGCGGCGGAUUCGGCCGCCUUGGCCGACGAGUCGCGAAGAGUCCGGUGCGGUCAGCAAAUGAUGAUCUGCGUCAACGACCGCGUCCACGACAAGACUCUCGAAGAUAUCAUUCAGGUUUCUUUCGAAUGGGAGUGGGCCUUUGCGAAAACAACAAAAAUCAACAGAUGAAAUUUUUCAAGUUGAAGUAUUCAAAUUAGAUUGAUUUUUUUGCUUCUAUUAAAAAAAUAAGUUCAUACAAUGCUCGCGAAAUGGGGAAGAGUCUAAUGUCGCGUUAAAAAUGAUUUUUUUUUUUGUCUAUUUUCAAAUUUUCCAGCUUUGCUUCAAGACAGAUAAAAAUGUUUUCCGAAUACGGCUCGAUGAGAAUUUAAGAAAAAUUAUUAAUACGGAAGUUUGAAGAGAGUACUGUUGAGAGAGGUUUUUGUCAGAAAUGAAAAUGUGAAAAAAAUGAAUUGCUACAAAGUUACUAACUUUUAUCAGUUUUUUUAAAAACAUGAAGUUACAAUUGCUGAACAAUGUUCAUGUUUUUUCUAUUAUCAAUGGUGAAGGAACAAAAAUUGGAAAGAAGAUUUUUGUUUUGAUUGUUUUUAUUCGGAAUCUUAUGUCUGAAUAGUUACUAUUCAGUUUUCAUCCUAUUCAACAAGUUUUAGUGCAGCUUUCCGGGAAAGCGGAGUCAUCUUCGAAACUUAUAAUUUUCAUAAUGUUCAGACAUUCUUGGAUGAAGGAAAGUUUGAAGUUCCUCGGGAGUUCCACGAAUUUGGCGAAGAGUUACGCGUUCUUACGAACAAGUACACCUCGAUGACGACUUUUCCGAACGUCUCUAUAAGGUCAUACCGAACUUCAGUUCCACAAACGCAUUUUGUUCAGUGAGAACCAGCUCCGACUCUAUGGCAAAACUAGCUAUUCGAGGGUCGGCCCACGGGGCAACAACUACACGGCCUACACCUUCCCAAAUUCGCGUCUUCCUCCAAAAACAAUUUCUUCGACCAACAAAGAUUUUCCCACGAACACUCCCAAUGGCGCGUUCAGUAACAGUGACUUCCAAAAAGUUGUUUUUCACUCCCUUAUUCCAUUCUUUGCCCUUUCCUGCAGGCGAAUCAGUUUCCUCCACAGCCAGUUCAGCUCGAAAAUCGUCUGGUCCAUCGCAACGAAAAUAUCAUGCAGAACAGUAUUCACGAAAUAAGUGACUCGCAAUUUUGAUUAUUUAUAGGCGUAACACACGAAGCACUGAGACAUCCGGCAGUCACGAAUCACAGGAAUUUAUACGAGUUUGUCGUCAAAAUCGGUCAAAUUUCAAUUCUUUAAGGUCUAUCGCCAACGCCGAGCCGACCAAAAACCUCGAAGACAGUCAAAAUGAAGGUUGUAGAAAAAGCGCUUUGAAAAAUGAAAAUCUCGUUGAAUAGGAUCGGCACGUCGCAAAUCGAACAUUCCGCAGAAUCUCAACCAAGUCGUUCAAACCAAUAUUAUUUCUCCGAUCGUGCAGGCCAUCAACGGCGGCUCACAGCAGUGGGAGCACGGGAAUCCUAAUAAUGUCCGUUUUUAUCCAUUUCUGUUGAUGUUUUGCAACUUUCAGUCACUCUCGACCCAGCUCCAGUACACUGAGCAGUGGGAUCCGAUUCUGAACGGCCUCGAGGAAAUCGAUGGACAUGUAAUUAUUCAUUUCUUAUUUUUAAAUGCAAUGCUCGAUAUUAAUCAGAAUUUCUUUCGCUUUUUCAGUUUCUGGCGACCAUGGACUAUGCUUCACCGGAAGAAUUUUUCGUUCCGGAUAAACCGGUAGAGGAAAAUUUGCAACAGCAGCAACAGUUCAGCAGUUUGGAUGUGGGAAAUCUCGGAAUAAAAUUGAGAGUUUUGACUGUUACAGCUGCAUCCCACGAUUCAAAACGUAGAGAUAAUUCCAGACUGCAUGGAACAGCUGGAAGAAGUGGAAGUUCGGACGAGUGAAAGUUGCAGUUCUGUCAGUUUUGUCCCUUUUUUCUUUUAAUUCUUCUACAUCUUUGAUCCGCUUAAGCGCUAGGUCGAGGGGCAAGAUACUAUACUGAUAUCAGUGAUAAUCGAUGAACUAGCUCUAGUGGCAAAUCCGUCCUUGUGCGUGAGGGUUGAUGAUUAUAAACCCGUGGUUUUCCCACGUUUCAACAUUUAUGAAAUUGUCGGGUUGCGACGGGGAUCGAAAUUGAGACCCUUUGGGCCGUAGACAGACGAUUUAUCCACCUUUACAGACCUCGUUAUCUACAGCCCAUGGAGACGAUUUUUUCGUCCAUCCUCCGCACCAACAAAAGUACUUUGUUCUCGUGAUAAUCGGCUAUAUAUAUUUAUAUUCUGCAGUUUUUCGAAUGCACCAACUUCUUGGUCGGAGCCAAAGCCGCUUGAAGUAACCAAGGUCGAAGCGAAGCAUUUUUUCUUUCGAAGUUCAGAUAUUUCAGGAAUCCGCCAACAUCCCGGCUCCUAUACAAACCACUCAAGUUCCUGUCACAAAUGAGAAGUUUUUCUGACUUAAAAAAGAAAUAGUCUAACUUUUCCUCAAAUCCAAAGGUUCGUAGCACCACGGGAGUCGACUCCAUCGAGAAAUUUGCAACAAGAAGAAACGAGAAAGUCUCGAGAACCAUCUUUGGAGAAGGAGAGGCAGAGGGAAAAGGAAAAAGAAAAAGAAAAAGAGAAGGAGAAGGAAAAGCGUCGAGACUCGAUUUCUGAAAAAAGAGACAGAACUCGCGAGCGACAGUUUUCUGACCAGAGGUACUGUUAGACAAGCUGAAUUUUAGUGAAAUUUUGUGAACGAAAAUUUUUUUUCGUGAGAAAUUUGAAAUCAAGUUGUAUAUUAAUUUCCAUCAUGGCUGCUUCUUGCAGUUAGUUUCAUUUUUAGAGACAAGAGUUGCUUAAAAGUCAGCACUGGAUCAAGGUCAAAAAAUAAACGUUUCGCAACUUUAAAAGUUUUUUUAUACCAUGAGUUUAUGUAUGUGUUCAAAGCGGUCUCGAGAUCUUUUUCUCUAACCUUCAGAUUUGGUUACAUUUUGGGAAAAUUUUCAAUUUAUUUGAAAUCGACAUCUUAUCAUGUGUCCAUAUGAGAGAAAUAAGUAUAUAGCGGCGCUUUUUUUUUGCUUCUGACGUUUUUGAAUUUCUCUGUAGACUUUUUCUCCCAGUUUGAAGGUCGCACGAAUUUUUGAGAUUUCUGUAUAGUGAGUCUUUGGAGACUAAAAUGCAAAGAAGUUUGAAGUUUCAGUCUGCGCAGUGAGAUCGGGAACAAACUGCAUACGGAAAAUAAAACUGAAUACAAAAAAUUUUCAAAAACUACAAAUGUAGAAGAAAAUUUUGUCGAAGGUGAACUUUUUUUCAGGCAAGAAAAAAAGUAAAAGAAGCCCUCAAAGAUCGAAUCGGCACCGUAGAACGCCGUCGCCAGUCAAAAGAAGUUCGGAUCAUCGUCGAAUGGAGGUUGCUUUCAAAUAAAAGAAAAAUUGAUUCAUAGACUUGAAAAAUGUUUUUAGAACAACGCAUCGAGCAACUCAUUUGAUAAAAAGAAAAACAGAAAACUGGUUUGUAUGAUUUUUUUUUUCAUAUUCCCAUUAAAUUUCAAAUCUUUCAGAACGACUAUGAAUCGAGCAAAGAAGAAAGUGCGAAAAAUCAAAAAAGAAGAGAAGAGCCUCGCAGAACGGAAAAAGAUGUGAAGCCGAGUCGAGAAGAGAAGGAAAAAAGUGUCGAAAACUGGAAGUAAUUUAUUUAAAUUUUUACAGAAAGGGAAUCUAACUGUCAAGGGGAUUUUACUUUGAGAUUUUGACUUUUCCAAAAAUUUGCAGAACCUUCUUUGGGGUGAAAGAAGGUUCUGCAAUUUUCAAUUUAAAAACGUCCUAGUUUUGUAAAAAGAAGGUCUUGAUCAUAAAACAUUUUGUAUUCAACUCUGAAAUGGUACAUCAAAAAUAACUCGGCAAAAUUUUUUUUCAAUCGGAAAUAAAACUACAUUUCUUAUGAAGUGCUGACAGACUCAAAACAUUUUAGAAAAAAAUUUAAAGUCAAUUUUUCAAAGAAAAGACGCAUAAUUUGAAAAAUCUUUGGUGCCAGAUUCAAAAUUUUCCAUGAAGUCUGUUCAGUUCUAACAAAAGCUCCGUCACUCCUUCGAGCAAGUCUGUGGACGAAUCUUCUUCGCAACAGGUUGCUGAAAAGUCGAAACUUGACUCAAAAAUAAACUCAGAGUUCCAAAUCUUCUUCUUCCUCAAAGCCUACAAAACCGAAUACAUCCUCUUCUCAUUCCUUUGAAGUGACGUCCUCAAGGUCUUCGGAAACCGACGCGCUCAAGAAAUUCAUGUCGAAAAAGGACGCUUUCAUGAAGAAACUGGACAAAGCUGCCCCUCAGGUGAGUUCGGGAGCUCCGAGGGAAAAAAAAUCGAAAAAAUCGUCAAAAUCGUAUUUUAUGCGAGAAAAAAAUUUAUCACUGACUGGAAUCAGUUGAUAACAGGAAUGUUUAUAGAAAAAGCCAAGUGGCGCCAACGAAUCUUCUUUUCCUCUCGACAAAAUCGGUGCUCAACUCGACAACUUCAGCAAGAAGACCUCGAAGUUUGAAGUGUUAUGAAAUCCAGUAGGUUUUUCUUUGUAGGAACCAGGAUGAAGUCGUUGAGCAGUGCAUACAGAGGAAGUCGUUGAGCAUAAACACCAUGAAGGUUUUAGGCUAGAAAAGGCAUUGAAUGACAGUUUCUUGAAGAUACCGAAAAAGACGCCGACGCCGUCGGUGAGCAACGAGAAUAUGUUGGCGUCGUCACCGAUAGCUCCUCGGGUCACGUCUUUUUCGACUGGAAGCGGGCCCUUGCUCCCGUCUUCGUUCUCUCCGACCCCGGUUUGAAAUUGGAAAAUGCAAAACUCAUCAGCCUUGAAUGAGUUUGAACUGGGAAGAUAUUUUUGUUGGUACUAACCAGAGAUGAACGGCAAUCCAUUCCAGAGAUUAUAGUCUUAUGACGUCCGUCAGAGCUGCUGAUGGGACGGAUCUCCUUGCCGGCAUCACUGGAAUCCGUUAAUUCACAAAACUUUCCAUAUUCAUUAUGUUAAUAAGGAAUACAUCAGUGACUUUUGGCUCUCUGAUGUCAAAACUAUCUUUUUUCCGUAGUCUUUUCAUUGGUUUUUACUGGAACCUUUUUACAUUUCUUCCCCACUAUAAAAGUAUUCACCAUCAUCGCGUUUAUCUUGACCUUUUGAGUUUAGGAAAAAGAAGACAGCCGGAGAAUUUGCUACGGAGCUGAGCGCGAGAACACAACGGACUUCAUUCUGCCUGUACCAAGCAUUCCGCGAUGUUUGAUUUCCUAUAAUUAGCUAAUUAGUCGUAUAUCUGCUUUUAGUGGGAUCGAUGCUGGUCAACGCGCAAGAGCUCCGUUCCAGAAAUGCUUUUGAGUAGGUUUUCCGAGUAUUAUGUUUCCCAAAGUGGAAAGUAUGUCAUUGGUAGAAGUUUAAGAACACUGACUUUGAAAAAAUAUAAAUUUCGAGUGCACUGAACCUUUUUGAAAUGCUUUUUGAAUAUGUUUACUAGUUUUUUCAAACAGUUUCGGUUCAUAGAACUGAAAAUGAUCAUUGAAACACAUGUUUCCUUCCGAAGUUCAAAAAAGAAAGUCAACUUGAUCCUUUUCCGCUUUCAACGGGGCAAUUUUAUCAACUUCUCAAUCUUUUUUCAAAUAUGCUCGUAGCUGACUCCGAGCACAGAAGUAAGUCUAGAGAGCAGAGAGAGCAACGAGAGCCGACGACUUCUGUAAACCGCCAUCCGAAGACGGUCAAGUACGCUCCAUUGAAACAGAAUCCCAGCGAUACUCCGGAGACGCCGCGCAGCGACGGCGGGUCCGAAGCUCCUAUCGGCUCUUCCAAAAGACGGAAAACAGUUUGAAAGAAGUCUGUCGACAGAAAGAAGACCUGCGUGUUUUAGGCGUCUUCCAGUACCUCUUCGGAUGAUUCUGACGACGAAUCCAAGUUUGAGAGCGUCAGCAACGUGAGUGUGAAGAAAAGGCCGAAGAUCGAGGGCCACAGGAUCCACGACGUCCUGGACCAGCUUCACAGCGGCAGGAAUCUUUAG